ACCACGUGAUGCCUGGUGAUGCACAAUGCCUCUCCCAAGAUGUUUCUUUGAUAUUUCCAUUAAUUCUGUUCCUUCUGGGAGGAUAGUCUUUGAACUAUUCGUUAAUGAUGCACCAAAGACCUGUGAGAAUUUCCGCUGCCUUUGUACAGGAGAGAAAGGAGAAGGUAAGACAACAUUUAAGCCUCUACACUACAAGGGGACUCCAAUCCAUCGGAUAGUAAAGGGAUUCAUUGUACAGGGAGGGGACUUUGUUAAAGGUGAUGGAAGUGGUGGAGAGUCCAUAUAUGGUGGUUUCUUUAAAGAUGAGAAUUUAAACUUGAAGCAUGACAGACCGUUCCUCCUCUCAAUGGCGAACAAAGGUUCAGACACAAACGGCUCUCAGUUCUUUAUCACGACCAGACCCGCCCCUCAUCUAGAUGGUGUUCAUGUUGUGUUUGGAGCUGUUGUGUCAGGAUUUCAGUUUGUGACUCAAAUUGAGAAUCAGAAAGUUGACACAAAGAAUCAUCCUUAUGCCGAUAUCAGGAUCAGUAACUCUGGGGAACUAGUACUUAGAAGAAGUAGUAAAAAUACAAAGAAGAGGGCAGUUAGCAGCAGCUCCUCUUCUGUUGAAUCUGAU